AUGAAGCUCCUCAGGGCGCUGAGUUUAUCCCUUGGAGUUGUCAAUGCUGUUUACUACUCCAGGUCCUUUCAAACAAGUAGCUGGGGCGGCAAUAAUCAGCCAAGUCAUCACAGCCGUUCUCAAGUCAACAACUGCGGAGGGAACUGCUGCCGAGGAUGGGCAUCUGGCAGGAGUGGUGGUUGUACCAUGAAAUUGAUGCCGACUCAUACUGGCUCAUCGUUCUCCUCUCCUUCGAUGCGGUUUUCUUACUCUGGGUCACCCAACACCGCCGUCAGUUGGUCAAGCUCUUCCCGCGGAGGAUCAAGCAACACGGCUCCAAAUCAAGCGACAUUCCAAGCUUACGCUUCUGUCAGUUCGAAUCCUGCUCGAAAUCAAGCGCCAUCCCGCCCGUCGAGACCUUCUUAUCCAUCGAGGCCAAGCACGAACGUCGGCAAGGCUUGGGGCUCGGAUUGCACGCACUGUAACCAGCGACCGCCAAGCAACUCGCCACAACAGGAACGAAGAGCGAAAUGUCCCCAGAGAUACACUCAAGUUGGCAACAGCUGCAGAAUCCUCCGAGGACCCUCCUCGUCGUCGUCCUCUUCGUCUUCUUCUCCGAAGCCGUCGACAAGCGAUUGCUACAGGGAAAGCAAUGGAAAAUUGCAAAAAGUGUCGCCCGGUCGAAAAUGGACCAAGAAAAUGUGCUGCUGCUCUGCGCUAGGUGACGCUUAUGGACCAAAACAGGAGCCUUGUGAUGAGAGUGAAUGUCCAGCAAAACGGGGACAUUAUGUUCACAGUGCUACAUAUUUCGCCUUCAAUGAUGGAAAUGGAAGGAAUACCAAGACCACGUGUAAAGACGGUCAGUGCACGACAGAGGUUUCCUCUAGCUCUGGGUCUGAAAGCUCUAGCUACGUUCAACCAGUUAUCGAUACUGUCAGCCCCGACAGCACAUCAAGCAACUCAAUCAGCUCCACCGACGAGUACCAGACUCCCGACUACAAUCCAAAAACUAAUACUGGCAGUCACGUGCGUGUUGUCACUUCCGUCCAGAAGCCGACCAGUUCCAAGCCAUACACCGAGAAUAAAAUGUCUUUUUCGGUCACCGCAAACAGCAACUCGAAACCUCUGAACUGGGAAUCCAAAGGCCCAAAUCACAACUUCCGAGUUCAAACUGUUAUCAACAGGGGGCCCUGUAACCAGCCAGGGAAGCCAGCAUGCAUGGAACGCAAAACGUGUGGAGGCCAGGGGCAACCCGCAUGUCGAGUUUUCAAUCCAGAAGCUUCCGGACGAAAGCGACCUUCAUGCCCUUAUGCAAAAGACGCUCAAGUUGAGCGAGACGAGCUCACCCAGCCCGCUCCAGCAAGCUACGGAUAA